AAAAAACCCCUGAGAUGAUCGGGGGGCUUCAAAAAAAUGAAAGGAAAAAAUAAGGAAAUCAUCAUAGCCCACCCUCUAGAUAAAUUAUGAAUGCUCCCUUAGACCCUUUCUUGCCAGGAGUGCCAUAAUCCAAAAUGGAGGAUGAUCAGAGAACGUCCACGACACGAACUCGUACUUGUAGCAGUUGCUGUGAUAUUCUCUGGAUCGUAACCACAAAGGAGGGAUGGCUGAAGCUCAUUGAAGCAAUCAUGACGUUUCUAACCUUCGUGAUUUGUGCCGCUUUUCCCUUCACCGACAAACCAGAGUAUGAGUUCCUGAUCUUCGUCGCCACAACUUUGUUCGUUUUUAUGGUAUUGUACAUCAUCCUUGGCACGACCCAUCUACUUGAGAAGCUACCUCCAGCCCUGAGACAUCCCAUUCUUGGCGUGGUGUUCUGCUUUUUUGCUUUCUUAACCCUGCUGAUCGGUUCCGGAAUCGUGUUUGCAAGAGGCUCAGACUUUAACAUUCGCACUUUGGAGGCUGCGGGAUUUGCGGUUUCAUUUCAUCAGCACUAUUCUUUUUUUUUGAAGGUGUUUACUACUUCAUCCUCUAUCGCCGAGCACCAAGACGGCACGCAGAAAAAAAUACCUCAAGAAGAACAACCUGGUGAUGUUCUGCAGCCUUCCAAACCCGAGUACUGACUCGUUCUUGAGAGGGAACUUUAUUGGUAAGCAUAAACCAUGUCGCGAGAGUUUAUAUAAUUAGUUUCAGGCGCUAGCGAUAGCCCUGGAGGACGUUGGGCAAUCAAAACAAGUCGAAUGAACUAAUUUAGAAGUGGAACACAAUGUCAAACGCUUGAAACUUUGCGUUUCUUCAAAUGCUAUAUUAACCAGAAAAAAUUGUCCCACGUCAUUUUUACCGCGUGUGCAAACCUGCUUUUACCGGGGGGUACACGCAGCUGAAUCCCUCAGGAGGGUAAUCAAAAGAGUUUUGUACGGGAAGGCUCUGCCCGGAGGUCAAAUCCCUUACCCUGGCUUUUUAUAUACCAUUUUUGAUGGAAAAGGUAACCCUUUCAUAUGCAUCACAUUCAGAAAUGAUACCCCUAAAAAACUAGUUUAGAACUCUGCGUCCCUUUUAACCGUUGUUUUCAAUAAUGAAUAGCCCACAAAACCAGAAUGUUUUCUUGACUUUUUGGCAGCCAAAUAAGGUUAGCUCUUUUGGGCUUUUUUACAGACCAAAAUGACAGAGGGUCCACAAUAGGUUUGGUGGGAUGCGGGAUUUGGCUAUUUUUUGUGGUGAUACUCGGGAUGUAAGCUAAAAAAAGGAGCAAGAGGCGGGAAUUUUGAAAAUGAGUGGGAGCGGGAUUUCCUAUUUUUAUUGGGUUGGGAUGCGGGAAUCGUAAGGGAAAAGUAGCGGUAUACGGCAAUUAAGUUUUGUCGUGACCACAUUUUGACUCUUUUGUGUACACAGCCCUUGUACAAGGAUCUACUUGUCGUCAAGGAAAUGAAGCCUGUCAAAUUUAUCCAUUAUUACCUUAGCGUGUUUUCGUCUUAUUCCGGUAGUUUUUAAACACGGCGUGCGCGAACGGUCAAAGGAGAGGUCCGAGUGAGGCCAAAAAACGAAUUAGACUAGGCACUGAGACGCGAAAAAUGUGCGGUUAAUUUUAUACAGUCUUUGCCCGUACUUCGCACCUUUUAAAACCGAUUGUGAGGAAAAAAAAGACUGUUUUGCAAACUAUUGCAGAUCAAGUGCACCUAUUUUUGUGCGGAUUCAAAUAUGGAAGAAAAUAGAAAGAUUUUAAACAGGAAUGAGUACAAGCAGCAGUACAAAAGAGAAAGAAAUCGAGGACCGAGUCCAAGAAGGGUGGAAUAGUGAACUUUUGGGGGUUGUCUGCAUUUGAUUGUGUUGUUCGAUUCUGUAGCAGGUUUUUGUUUCCAUAAAAGAGAACAUUUUAUCAAUCUGUGCAACCAGUGUGUUCAUACACAUUUUCCAUGACCCGUAGACAAUUCAGGGUGGCUUCAUCGCCUAAUGCAAUCUAGCAGUAAAGCAAUAGAAACAUCCAUCCACCCAACUCAACUGGCUGUUUCCAAAUGGCCAGAACUCAGACCGAAGUAAACCUAUGCCUAUUGCAAGAAGGCAAGUCUUAUAUGAGAGCAAGAAACUCGUAAAAAAAAUUAGGGCGGGAUCAGUAUUCAGACGUAAAAACAGGCAUGAUAGCAGGAUUGAGAGGGAAAAACAAGUGGGAAGGCAGGAUUUGAGAACCUUAUUGUGGACCCUCCCUUUCCCUACCCUUUUAUAUACUUCAACUAGUGAACUCCCUACCCUUUCAUAUACCUGAGACCUGAAAAAGGUACCCUUUUUGGGUGGAGCCUCCCCAUUAAGCCAUUAUAGGGAGUACCCCCCCGGCCCCCCUCAUAUAUUAGUCCAGGUUUAGGGUUAGGUUAAGCGACUCAAAAUGCCACAAAAACAUGGAGGCCCACACCAAAAACAAUGUAAGUAAUCUUUAUUCAUCUUUCUCUCCUUACAUUCACGUUUGUGAUCAAAAGGUGCAAACUUUUGUGUUUUAUGAAGCAUUUCGUUUGAUCACUUAAAUCAGGCUGAGAGCAGGUGUUACAAAAUACAGUAUAUGUGUGAGAUCACGUGUUGCACGUGACAUCACAGUGUUUCCAACAGUUUGAAUGGUCUGCCUGUGGUUUGUGAUAAGAAAAUGCAAAGGUUGGGGAAGCUACUUACAGGGCUCAAAGUUUAAAUUUGAGUUUGGCAGCACUUGUGCUACCAGAUGUAAAUUUUUAGGUGCACAGCUGAAAAUUUUAGGAGCACAGCUUAUAAUGUUGGGAGCAUCUAUUUCAAAAGAAAAAUUAAAAAGCUUAACAGUGCCACGUUUAUUUGUCGUCUUCAGUUUGUUACUUUUACGUCAGUCCUCAGGGGCGGAUCCAGGAUUUUUUUUAGGAGGGGGUGCACUCGUCUCUUGCUCUACUUCAACUUUAGGCUCGAUUACCAGCCGCUGUUCGGGGAAAUGAGCCCGCACUCAUCCCCCGAAAGAGCGGCUGGACGCGUGUGAUUUCCUUUGUUGGCUUAAGCCAGCCGUCUCUCUUCGGGGAGGAUCAGAGACCGGACCCGGGAGACGGCGGAAAUCGAGCCUACCUCAACUUCUACUUUGCAGAAUACCAGUUGUAUUAGAAAACCGCAGUUCAUCUCAGGGGGGGGGGGGGGGGGGGGGCGCACCCCCUGCACCCUAGAUCCGCCCCUGGUCCUGUGGUUGAUAAAACACAGCCCAUUUACUAUGCAGUAAUACCACUGUGAUUUUUAAUACUAAUUUCUCUUUUGACAGUACAGUUGUGACUAAAGAAAACUUACACUUGAAAAACAAUUCAAAACUGACAACAAUGAGUGUGUUGAACGAGAAUGAAAAUUAAUCUUUAAUGAAUUUGUUAAAUGGGCAAUGACUUACAUGUAACUGGAAUACGACUUAAAAAACUUUCUUACCUGGAAAAAAAGGCUCUUAAUCCACACUGUUUUUGUUUUGAUUUACGUUAAAACUGAAGGUUCGACAUGAUCGUCCAUUGUGCAAAAAGUACAUGUUUUGUUUGUAGCAUAUAUUUGCAUGUGUCAGCGGUGUUUAUUACAAAACAGAAGAGUCUGGGAUGGAGUAAAACAUCGAAACAAAAAAGAACAUUCAAGUUCGUAGAAUCCAUUGGGAGAAAAGACCAAUUAAAAAUACACCGUCUUUCUAGUUCGAGUUCGUAAGUAUAGUUGGAAGUAAGUCAUUCGCACUGUGCUUUGGGUUUUAUGGCGCACAGGUACGAUUACACAUGAAUUUUUAGGCGCACAACCAAAAAUCCAGUCGCAUAUGCGACCAGUUAGUCGCUAACUUUGAGCCCUGUACUUACCAUUGGCCAUUUUGGAGUUGCGUAGGGAACUGGGGCGAGUUGCAAAUUUAAACUAAUCGAUAAACUGACUCAGGAAUAUAAAAGGUCAUGUUAAGAUUGGUUAUUUGACCAGGGUUGUCGCUCUAAGGUUGAACAGGGAUCAAGUUCUGACUCUUGAAACAUGGUUAUAAAAGAUCCAUACAAAUGUCUGCAAUCAGCGUCCCCCAAAACCAUGUAAACUCUUAAUUUUUUUCACGACUUCUGUGAUAUUCCUGAAAAUGGGCAAACAUAGUGAUUUUCAAAUUAUUUCCUUCCAAGCAGUAGAUGCAUGAAAAAUUUUACAGUUUAACAGAAAACAAAGAAAGAUGUAUGAUUAUUUUUUCAAUUUGCUGGUUUUGCCUCUGAAAUAUUUACACUGUUCUUUGUGAAACAUACACUGCAAUAAUAUUAUCUGCUGACCACCACGCAAGGUGACCGCUUUGCAAGUUGUGAGAACAUUGUUUCUUGCUCCCAGACCUCAUCUCCUUCCCCCUUCCCCCCCUUCCACCCUUGUUGUGAACAGUCUGGUAAUUUAAACUCUUCUUCCUAGAAGAAAACUAUGUUAACUUGUGAUGGUUAUUCUUGAUCUCUAUUUUCAUUAUUCAGGGGUAAUAUGACAAACCCUCAAUCUUACAGGGAAAAGUAGCCCGCAGACACAGAUGCAUUUCCAGCUGAUGAUUGUCUAAGGACCCCUCUAAGGCUGCAUGGAUGCAUCAUCUAUUUCCUUUGUUGCUCGUGUGAAAGGGCCCCACAAGUAACAAAGAAAAUAGCAGACAUCUAUACAUGCAGGCUCUUGUUUGUGUGGCUGAGAAGCCGAAAGCUACUACAGGUGUUUGCAGGUCAUGGCUGCUAUAUGUGACCAUCUUCUAAUUCUUGCAAAGUUAUUAUUUUGAUAUUUGUUGUUACUUUUUUCAGGUGGAGGUGGUCUAACUCGUUAAAGAAACAGAGGAAUAUAUUAGUAAAAGAUAAAUAGUUUCUGUUAAGUGAUAAAAAAUAGAUUCCUUUUAUAUAUAAAUGUUUAAGAAAUAGAAAAUGUUUAUAUACCUGCCAACUUUUUCUGAGAUAUAAGCGUGAGAUUUUUAUCCUGGGAGUGCUGGGAUUUUUGAAGACGACACGAUCAUUUCCGAAGAUUCCUGAAAAAGUCCGAAGUCUUCCAAAGAAGGCCGAAGUCUUCCGAAGACGUCCGAAGUCUGCCGAAGGCGAGCUCGCUCCCAGUGCUUUUCACUUCAAAAAUCAGAGAUCGCGAGGAAGGUUUUGUCAUUUAUUCAUUUUACACAUGGUUUUCGUUCCUUACAUGGGUCUGAGUUAACAUAUUUUUGGAAAUUGUGUCAAGCAAGACGGCAACAACUCACAUUUUUCAAUCAGGCGUGAGAAAUUGGCCCGCAAGCAUGAGCCGGCGUGAGAUCGAAGUUUUCAACCCGCAGGCGUGAGACUCAUGCCUAAGGUGUGAGAGUUGGCAGGUAUAUGUUUACCUUGUUUGCAUAACCUAUAACCAACACAAGAGGCUGUUGGGAGAAUUCACGACAGUUGUGCAGAGGGAGAGGAGACCUUAGAGGAAGUCCGAGGGUUUGCACAACUGUCGAGAAUUCUUCCAAUCCAUCAAUUUAUUCAAAAAAUUUACUUUCCCAACAAACAGAAGCAAAUCUCUUUGUUACUGGUGCUGAUUAAUAAGAAAUCAUACUAGUCGCCAAGUGUUGAACUCAGUGUUCUCAAAAUAUGGAUUUUUCUUGCUUAAAUUGUCAAAAAUGCAAAAAAAAACUUUGAUACUGCAUGUUAGCAAAGAUUUCCCAAGUCUAAGCAUUCAAGCCGAAAUGGAAAGAUAAGGUAAACUUUCUGAGUUUUCAGCUCACAAGCCUUUUCAAAUUCAUGCCUGCAUCACAACUGUGUUUAUGUGCUUGUGCAAACAUGCCUCUCAGCCAAUCAGAGCUUGAUGCUCAUCAUGAUGACUAGAGGUUUAGGGUGUGGCACAGCUACAAUGCCCACCCAGAGUCACUCAUGCCUGCACUAUUUACUGCCCCACAGGUGAGGUAAGAGCUAACCAGACAAAUUGCAUAGCAGUAACAAUUACCUGUGCACAGGCCUUCCAAAAUGUUGUAUGGAAAGGGCUGUCAUUAAGAUUUCAAGUAAUAUAUCAAACAUGAGACGCAGUGUUUCAUCACCAGAUGAAACACUGAGAAGAGAGUUGAAAAUACGACGCGCAGCGGAGUAUUUUUGACGAACUUCGAGGUGUUUCAUCUGGUGAUGAAACACUGUGUCGAAUGUUUGAUAUUUCUUCUCAAACAAAAUCAUUUUUGAAGGAGAAAUUAAGGAUGCAAAUACUGAGCAGUUUUUCAUCCGAUUUCCAAACACUCAUUAAACAUUAAUUUUCUUUGUAUUUUCUUUAUGAAUUAUUAAUGAGUUUGAGAAGUUUUCUGGGUGAAUACAACAAAAAGGUAAGGGAAUUCAGACAGCUAGGGAUUUCUUUUCUUUUGGACGUUGCCAGGGUUCUUGUUUAUGUUAGUGGGGGAAAAAACAUAAUAAUAACAUUUAUUUUAAGAGGGUGACACCAAUUACUAUGAAAAGUAUACCAAGCCCCCUGAAAACCCUGCAAACAGCAUUUUCAAUUGUCCCGGCCUGAGGAAUGAAUUACCUCUUAGUAUAAGAGAGUCAAGUACCAAGUGUCAAUUUUUCGUUAGAAUUUGAUGGCCUUUUAUUAUGAUAAGUUUAAUGUAAAUUUUCUCUUAUUUUACAUUGUUCUUUACUCGAUCAUUUGUCCAUUUAUAGUAAUUUUUUAUUGAAUUUUUAUUUUUUAUCUCAUGUCUUCUGUAGUUUUUUAAUAAAUAUACUUCUUAAAUUUAUGUUUUAGAUAAUUUUAUUACUUAAUUAAUUCUCUAGAUCUAUUUAUGAUGUAAUAAUAGGUGGCUUAUUUUUAAGGAGUCUUGUACUCAGAGUGUUUUAAGCCUACCUCAGAUUGAGCGAUUGAUUGAUUUAAUUGUCAUUGUAAUUGUAAAUCUGAAACUUGAUUAAAUUAAAAAUUAAAUUAAAUUAAAUUAUUGUAAAAUAGUCCCAGAAUUAGAUUAUUGUAAACUUGAUGCACCUUAUUUGUAUUUGGUGCUAAUUUGUGGUUCUUGAUAAGCUAUCAUUGUCAUUUUAAUGCAAUGUUGUAUACCAUUUUAUCUUACAAAGAUCUUGAAUACUAAAGUUCUAAUCCUUUGAUUGUUAGUCAUGUUGCAGCAUCUAUUUAUUGCUUUGCUCAGUUUUGUUAAGAACUUUCCAACCAAAUCCACUGGCAUUUAACACUCGUUGACUAGCACAACUAUUCCCCUCAAAAUAUCUUAAUGUUUAUCUAAGCGCAGGCUCAGAAGUAUCGAGAUUCAUGGUUUCCUUGGGAGCAGCCACUAAGAGUUUCAUGUUUAAUAAAGUUAAUUCAAAAAACCAACUUGUAAAGUUCAAGUAUUCACACUUCUACAAUUUACAAUACAACAACAAUAAGAAAAAAAAGAAGCAGAAACAGAGCUAACUAUACAUUAAAUUAAACAUAACAAAGGAAAAAAGUGUGUAGCAGCCAAAGGAGCCAAGGUUUCAAAUUGGCUACUACCACAGAGCGGUUACAAGUGGGUGGAGGUUAUACAGUACUUAUAAAAAAGUAGUUAUGGAGUUCUGGCUAAAUUAAUCA